GCCAUGCAAGUCCUCGAAUUCAUCGAACUCAAUCGACUGAUGGGCGUCGAACACUUCACCUUUUAUAACCACACCAUCGGUGAUCAGGUUGAGUGCCUCCUGAAGAACUACGUCGACCGAGGGCUGGUCUCCGUCUUGCCGUGGGACCUGAACAUGAUCUCACAGAAAGAAAUCAGGACGGAAGGCCUCUUCGCCGCUCUCAACGAUUGUCUGUACAGGUCAAUGUACAAGUAUUCGCAUGUUCUGCUCAUCGAUCUGGACGAAUAUAUCGUGCCCAAGCACAACGAUACUUUGCCGCAACUUAUUGAUUACCUAACCCAUCGACACAACACCCGAUCGACGGGAUCCUUCUCGUUCCAGAACGCUUUCUUCUACCUCCAGUGGAGCGACGACGAUUCAGUAUUUGACUUCGAAGAUCCGGUGUCUGCUAAUCUGGUAACGCUGAAAAAAACACGCCGAAGAAGCAAAUUGCACCCCCACAAACAACGCUCAAAAUACAUAUGUCGGCCCGAGCUGACUGUCGAGGCAGGCAAUCAUUUCGUGUGGGAGUUCAUCCCCGGACACGGGACUCUAAACGUCCCGUCGGACGCCGCCAUUUUGCACCACUACAGAAUUUGCGAGUUCGGUGGUGACGAUUGCAUCAAAACGUCUUCGGUCGUCGAUAAGACUGCUUACCGUUACAAAUAUGUUUUAACCGCUGCUGUGAGACAACAAUAUGAAAGAUUGAAGCAAAAAUGUAAUUUGGCAGAACUGAGUGUGCCAACAGGGAAAGUGUUCAACAAGCUCAUGAGUUUGUUGAAGCCGAGUUUGGAAAGAUAAUGAGAUUGAAUCAGUAUUACAUUACAGUUGUAUAUAUUUUUGUACAUAAAUUAAUUGGGAUCCGUUGAUUUAUUAUAGGGUAAGAAAAAUGAA